AUGGACAAUUUUAUUGAAAUAUUUUCAAAAAUCGAUAAAAACUAUGAUGACGUUAUCACGAAGGAAGAAUUAGAGAAAUUCACCAUAGAGAAUCAUCUGGAUAAGCAAAUGGUUAACAGAUGGUUAGAUUUAUUUUCGGAAGAGACAUCGAAUUAUAUUACACUUCAAAGGUUUUUAAGUGUUCUGGGUAUUGCAAAAGAGCAAUAUGAAAUAAUACGAAGAAAUACAAUCCAACAGAACGCAGCAUUGUUUAAACUUGGUUCAGAUAUUGAAUACAUUUCUGGUGACAUGAUGUUAUCACAACAAAUCAAUGUCACCAAUGAAGUUAGAAAAUUAUAUCAAGAAUAUAAAUCUGAAAAUAAGCUGUUGAUUGCUACAAAGCUUAAAGAAUUUCUAGAUAAAACAUUUGGCAGAGCGUGGCAUGUUACAGUGGUGGAUGGUUCGUUUGCCAGUGCACAUACAGAAGAAGUUAAUACUUCAUUCCAUUUCAAAAUGAAAAAUCUUUGUAUUAUUAUAUGGAAAACACCAGAUUGUAGAAAUGAAAAAUUGAUAAAAUGA